UUUUUCUUUCGUGCCAUUGUAAAUUUUCAGAAUCCAUUGUAAAUGAAAGGUAGGGAUCAUAGUCAUACCUAGGGAAAGCCAUAGCGUACCAUCUGUAAUCUCUAGUACUGUUGGCUUCUUGCUGUUAUCCCCCACGUUUGGAUAGCUCUGGUGGACAGCAGUCAUUACGUAUCACAAGAAAGUACCUGAAAACGGACACACCACCUUUCCUACAACAUAUUUCUUCGUCCGCACGGGAAGCUUUUCCUUCCGGCCUACUUUCUUUCCUUCGCUUUCUCCUCCUGAAAAAAUCCCGGAUUCUACUGGUUCAUAGCGCUAAAGCUCGCUUCUUUCGAGAUGGGUCUCUGGAAUUCCUUUCUCAACUGGCUCCGGAGCUUAUUCUUUAAACAGGAAAUGGAACUUUCUCUCGUUGGCCUUCAGAAUGCAGGAAAGACAUCUCUUGUUAAUGCCAUUGCUACAGGGUGUUACAGUGAGGACAUGAUUCCAACUGUUGGAUUCAAUAUGCAAAAAGUUACUAAGGGAAAUGUGACAAUCAAGCUUUGGGACCUUGGAGGGCAGAGGAGGUUUCGUUCAAUGUGGGAGCGUUACUGCCGUGGUGUCUCUGCGAUUCUGUAUGUAGUAGAUGCUGCUGAUAGAGACAGUGUUCCCAUAUCUCGAACUGAGCUACAUGACCUCUUGAUGAAACCAUCAAUAAGUGAAAUUCCUUUACUUGUUCUUGGCAACAAAAUUGACAAGUCAGAAGCUCUUUCCAAGCAAGCGUUGGUGGAUCAGCUAGGCCUCGAAACUAUUAAAGACAGAGAAGUGUGCUGCUAUAUGAUCUCAUGCAAGGAUUCGAUAAACAUAGAUGUUGUCAUUGAUUGGCUAAUCAAGCGCUCAAAAACAACAAAAUGAUUCAUGGGUCGACUUUCUUUGGUGUUCAGAUGAAGACUGAGGAGUCUUUUCCUCCAUUGCGUUGUAGUUGUGCCCCAAAUAAGGGCUAUGUACAGUACUUUGAUCAUUAGAGCCAGUCUUUUGUGCAUUAUCUGUUUUCCUUUAACAGCAGUACUGUUUCUUUCCUAUUGUUUCUGAGUUUUUCCGUGGA